AUCUGUUUGUGUUGGAAGCACAUCAUCGGAGCCCAACAAAUUAGGACCAAUGGACAAGUUUGUGCGUCCUAUUGAUGGUAAAUCAAGCAAAGAGGAAGCCUUGAAGCAGCUAAGUAUGAAUGAAGCACUAUUCAAGGAGAGAAGAGGUCAAUGUUCACCAUAUGUUGCUAGAUGGGUGUAUUCACAUGGCAUACCAUUUAAUGCUCUUGACAAUGAUGAGUUUUGUCAAAUGUGUGAGGCCAUAGGCAAAUUUGGUCCUGGAUAUGAGCCUCCUACUCAAUAUGAGCUUAGGGAGAAGUUGUUGAGUGAUGAAUAUGCAAGGACCAAGAGUUUGUUAGAUGAACGUGAGAAGGAGAAGAUAAAGCUUGGGUGCACCAUCAUGACAGAUGCAUGGACGGACAUGAAGAGGAGGAGCAUAAUGAAUUUGUGCAUGCAUUGCAGUGGGGGGACAAGUUUUCUCAAAUCAAAGGAAACAUCUGAUGUGUCACAUACAAGUGAAGUCAUAUUUCAGCUAGUGGACAGCGCAAUUGAGGAGGUAGGGGCGGAGCAUGUGAUGCAAGUGGUGACGGAGAAUGCUUCCAAUAACAUGGGAGCCAAGAAAAUGUUGCUGGAGAAGAGGCCGAAGAUCUUUUGGAGCUCUUGUGCAACUCACACUAUCAACUUAAUGCUCCAACGAUUUGGCAGCCUCAAGAGAUUCAAAACAAUAAUUGAUCAAGCAAAGAACCUCACCAUCUGUAAGGGCAUAUUUUUCCCUAAGUGUUUUGGUGAUUGAUGACAAUGCUCGUGCGGACUAA